GCGGCCAGUUUAAAGUUUUAUAAUUUCUAAAUCGGCUUAGGUCUAGUGUGGUGGUAGGCAUUAAGCCGUGGCUAGCUACCACCCUACAGACAAAGGCGUACUGCCAAGCAAUUUAGCGUUUCGGUACGAUGCGAUGUUGCGUAAAAACCAUCGGAUUAGAAUGAAUAAACUUGUACUCUUCCAAAUAAGCCAGCUUCCAUGUUUGACUGCAUCGUCACUUAACAUCAGGUGUGAUCGCAGUCAAAAGUUAUUAAAGAAAAAAAAUACAUACAGUUAAUAGUUUAGGAGUCUAUAGGCGAACUAUUCGGUCACGCAACGCCUUGUAUACCUACCUACUAAUUACGAUUUGGAUCACUGAGAACUGUAACAUGUAAUAUUAAUUGUUACCGAGUUCUAUUCUACCGAUAUGCAGUAUUUCCGAAUAAGUAUGUCAAGUUAGUGCAAUAUCCGGUCAUAUUUCAAUUUAUAUAAAGGUGGUCAAGUUUUUACCCAUUUCCCGCGUUUACGUUACAGUAUUCUGAGAUAUUCAUGUCUACCUUUAUUCUUUUGUUUAUUAUAAGUUAUACAAUGGUGUCCAAGGUAAUAAUUAUUAUCCUUGUCCUCUGUUUUAUGAGUAUAAGCUUCGGAUACGAUGAAACCACUGAGAGGUCAUCAGAUAACAGGAAGACUGCUUCGAUGGAAAUUAAAACAAGUUCGGAACAAAAUGACCGGAGUGAGGCUCCACCUUGGCGACCUCGGGAUCCAUGGAAAUUAUGGCAAUUGGAUCGCAGUAUAAUAAACGAGGGUCUACGCGCUUCUGAUUUGGAUAGCGCAUCAAGAAAACUUCAAUAUAGCGACGAAAUCGCCUACAGGCCCAGACGAAAACUAAAAAAUAAGAUAAAAUUACUUGUUAAAAUACAACAAUAUGAAUAGUAUAUUUUGUAGUGUUUUUGUCAUUAUAUACCUACCUAGGUAUGUAUCCACCUCUAACCAACGUAAGAAAAAAGUCGGUUCUUUGCUGUCUGCACGAUAUUAAUGUCUAAGAUGUCAGGAAUAGAAAGCAGGAGACAUGAGAGAUUCAUUUAUAAGAGUUAAUUUAGUUGUAUAAGUAACUGACUAUCUCGACUACCUAUAUAACAAGUCUUCCUUUUCUUCCUCUUUUAAAAAAGUCCAAAUUAAAAACAGUUAUGUCGUUUAUAUUGUCUUUGCUGUCUCCUAUCCCUAUAAAUUAAUUUACUCUUUGCCUAUGUCAGUGACAAAAAUGUGUCAUCAACUUCAUCAAUCGCUAUAAAUUGAUAUUUUGUAGUUUAUAACUGAACUGUGUGUUAAAAGGGUAAGGAUCAAGACAAUUUAUUUAAUCCGUGAAAUAGUAUUCAUCAUCAUGGUAGGUAUUUAUUCAUCAUCAUGAUUAAAUCAGCCCAUGGAAUGCCGAUGAACAUGGGCCUUUUGUAGGGCCAAACUUCCAAACACCAAUUUUUUGUGUCGGCGAUUAGUGACUCGCUGGAUGUCGUCAGUCCACCUGGUGGAGGGUCGACCAACACUGCACUUUUUGGUGCGUGGUCGCCAUUUCAACACCUUGGGACCCAAACGUCUAUCGGAACUUCGAACGUUGUACAUCGGCCGUUGCCACUUCAGCUGCAGCUUCUUGAUUUAGGUACAAAAAUCUCGUCGUUAACGUAAUUUAUUGUAAAAAUUAUACUUUAUAGAUAACGAGCAGUUUCAACAAACGUUAUUAAUUGAAACCUAUAGGUUGAAUUAAUGUAGAUACAGAGAAAGACAAUACAAUGUUUUACAUCGACUCUCAAAGAACCCUAACUAGACGAGAUAGUUCAGUUAUAGUCACAAGAAUCCAAAAUAGAAAGGAAUCAGAAGUCCCGUUUGCGACACGUGCUACAUCUACGGGUCGACUUAUUAGUGAUUCUGGAACAUCUCUUGGAUGUAGACCAAGUGGGUCCGUUCGAAAAGAAAUUAUAACAUAUUUUUUCGAGUCGAUGCUGGACAAUAUUGUAGAGUCUUGGGAAGUAAUUGAACAGCCAAAGAACGAGGAUAUUAAUAUUGAUAUUGGCAAGACAGUCAGUGAAAUAACGGUCACUAGUAAGAAAAAGAAGACAACGGCUAAACCAUCUAAAUCAAGAAAGAGCCGGUCUAAAAUAGAAUUAAACGAAACUAAUACACUGAGCGAUUCAAUGCAAAUAUGUUGGUGGACAGGAUCCGAUGAAAAAGCGAUCAUUCGAUUUCGAAACGGGAACAUCUAUGAAGGCAAUAUUUCUAUGAAAUGCAUGCACGGAGAGGGGCGUUUUCAAUGGGCAGACGGAACUGUUUACUUGGGUCAAUUUGUGGAAAAUGAAAUUAAAGGAAAAGGCAUAAUUCAAUGGAAAGAUGACACAUGGUAUGAAGGCGAUUUUGCUGGAAAUCUUCGUCAUGGUAGAGGUCUAUAUGUGGAUUCACGGAAACAAUGUUCUUAUGCCGGGACUUGGCAUUAUGGUACAAAACAUGCCGAUGGAGUUAUUUAUUUCCCAGGAUCUUCGAAAAAUUCUUACGAUGGCCAGUGGGUUUAUAACGUACGUCACGGAUUCGGGAGUCGAGAAUAUUGCCAAAUGAGUGGAUACAAAGGAGAGUGGACCCAAAACGUGCGAUGUGGAAAAGGCUUAAUGAUAUGGGCAAAUCACGAUUUUUAUAGAGGAGAAUGGGAAAAUGGCGUGAUGUCCGGAUAUGGAUUUUACAUUUGGGGUGCCUACUAUAAUAAUACAAUGUCUUUGCCCUCUCUGUGCGCUUAUCGUGGAUUUUGGGAAAAGGGUAAACGCCAUGGUUAUGGUUUAUUGAAUUUGGGUUACGGGUUAGGCUCUUACUAUAAAGGUGAGUUCAAAGACAAUAAAAAGCAUGGUGUUGGCAAAUUUGUGACCAACAACGGACUUAUAUUACAACACAAACAUUUAUUUGUCGAUGACAACGUGGGAGUCAUGACGCAAGAACAAAACGCUGAAAUCGCCAUUGAUAAAUACACUCAAAUUGUAGAACCUUUCGCUUUUGACCUAUGCGAUAGCUCUGUCGGCCUCGUUUACCACGUAGAACAAGUAAUUAAAAACAUUGAUAAAAAGCAAGAAACCCUAAAGGAAAUAGUCAAAGAAUUUAUGGAAGCUAACAAAAUUCCCACGUUGAGUUUUAAUGACGAAACUCAAGAUAAUAUAAUUUCAAUAAAUUUUCGAGACAUAAUAGACUUCGAAGUAAGUUCUCUAAUUAAAGCACUAAGGUGUUAUGAGAUUAAUUUGAAUAACAUAUACUAUCAGUAUUCCACUAUAUGCAACAAGGAAGAGAUAAAUUUUACGCCAAUUCUGAUUCGUUUAUUUUUAUGGCAAUUGUAUUAUGAUUGCAACAUACAUGACAAAGGUCUUACUCUCGUAGAAAUUGAUAGAGCAUUUCAUGAGAAUACACAGUGGCUUUCAAGAUCGCCUCACAACCCGUUUGAGAAAAUAUAUUUCUGGCAAUUCCAACAUAGCCUAAUAGUUGUUGCUAGUAAAUUGUAUGCAAAAAGGAAAUUGCCUGGGAAAAAGCCGGACACUAUGUUGGCUAGUGCAUUUAGAUUUUUUAUGGAAAAAGAUGUAUUGCCUGGAGUAGGGCGCAAAAAAGGCAAACUCGCGGAAGGAUACGGUUCGUUCGUGUCCCUGAAAGGACUCUACGGGUUAUACCACAGUUUGGGCGAACCCUGUACAAUAAGAACAUUUUUAUCUGCCGUUCGACAUGCACCACAUGAAAUCCAUCAAAACAAACCGGAACUUGUGAAUUACGGGUGCAAUAAACUGGGAAGAAAUGUUUACAUUUUUGGUGACGAAAUUAGUUAUAUUGAUGAUGAUCCCAUGAAAUCAAAUAGAGAAAACUUCAGCCGUAAUCAUCCCCUGAAAUUGUUCAAUAUAGGCAAUAUGUCUACCAAGUCUAUAAUAAAUGUAUUUUGGCGAAUAUUCCCCCAAGUAUGCAGUGGAAAGAACAUAAUGGAUUUGAAUGUCGAGAUGACAUUUUUCGAGUUUUUUCAAGCGCUUAUCGAAUGUGCUGAGGAAAGUAUACACAUCGCGGACGAAGAGCUUAAAAUGCAAGAUAAACUUUUGUAAAUAUAGUGACUUACUCGUACCUAUGCCGUUGCCAGAGUACCUAAUUUAUAAAUGGUCCAUUUACAAAAUAAAGACCUAU